GCCUGGCAUAGCGGCCUGGGUGCGAAAUCACCGGGCCAGAAAAGUGCAAGGCCACCCGGCAAGUACACGGCAUACAACAUUUGUUUCUUUGUUCUUCCUUGUCUGCUUUUAGCCCGUCCCACCAAGCACCCGCCACAGCAAGCACAGCGGGCCCUCGAGCGACACCAAGACCCCGCACGUGUCCUUUUUCCCGGCAGUCCGUGUCGUUUUUUUGCGUGCUCCCAAACGCCCCAGGCCAGCCAGUCGCAGGCCAGCCGAGGCGGCCCCAAACAGCCGGGCCGAUCCAGAAAAUCCCCCUGAAAUCCACGCCACACCGCCAGCAGGGCCCCACCGCGGGAAGGCACCUGAUACAGACACACGCCCAUGGCGCUGGCCGAAGAAACCCCGCCAUUUCUCCUGCGGAAACCGCCGGUUGCGGAUCUUGCGCCUGUUUUCUCGGACGCAAAUCCAGGGAGCCCGGUGCAGCCCGCCAAACAUGCCACAAGCCCGUACUCGCCGGCAGCAAACGGCAGGCUCGAGGCCGCCCGCGCCAAGUGCAUGUACCUCAUCAACCACGAGUUCCGGGCGCUCCAGCUCGACAGGCAGAUGGCCACGAUGUCCGUGUUUGACUUGAUCGACCACUGCGCGGCGCUUUUCGAGAAGCUGGCCGCGGCCAAGGACUCGGACAUCGACGAGCUGUUCCGGCUCUACGUGCGCUCGUUCCUCAUCUUCAACUACUUCGUCAACACGUUCAUUAUGCUCCACUUCAACGGCUUCGCGCGCUUCAUGGAGUCGGCCCACCAGGACUUCAUCAUCUACCUCAACCUCUACAACUUCUACCGCUGCGACGACAUCGUGGGGCCCCAUGCGUUCCACGUGCCGCCGCCGACCGUGCGUGCCUGGACCAUCGAGUACUUGGUGUCCAAGAACUUGCUCACGUUCGACGUGGACUUGCUCUACGCCUGGCUCGACCUGUACAUCGAGUACUUAAAGAACAAGGAGGCCGCCCACGCGGACCCCGCCGCGCCGAGCACAAACGCUUCGGGCCUGCUGUUGGCCCGCGGCCCACAAAGCCCCCGAAGCGGCCACGCCAUGCCCCGCCAGGCGGGAAACGACGACGUUCUUUCCGACUUCAACUCGCGCUUCCCGGACCUCCCGCUGCAGCUGCCGCCCAGCCUCGACCCGGCGAAAGCACCAUACCCCGUGUCGGAUCCUGCUCGCGACGACGCCGUACUUCCAUACCCGAUAGGCUCCGGGAACCAGCCUCUGAAAACGGAUGCAAUCUCCUUAGCCAAGGCCCGGGUGCUGCUGCUCCUGCCAGCCCCUGUCGCGGCACAUGCGCUUCCAGUGACAUCCCACCUGCCGUACGGCUGGGACCAUGUGCCCCCAUCCAACUCUGCAUUCCCCACAACCCACGGCUCAUCGCCCGGUUUGGCCCUAAACACGGCUGCAAGAAGCGGGAUCCCAAAGCACGGCUCCGAGCUCCGCCUCUCGCAAGCCCAACCGCUGUAUGCGACCCCCGGCCUGUUGGACACGCUGUAUGCGAUCCCGGGCCAGUUGGGCACGCUGUAUCCGCUAGAUCCACACAAAGGCCAAAGAAACGCUAUCAACCAUCAUCCUGGCCAGGCCUUAGAGUACACGCCCACGUUCAACGGCUCUUAUCUGCGUGCCUCACACAACACGCCGCCAAGACAGCAGCAGAACCUACAGCACCAACAUAUUCCUCAGAACCCUCAGAACUUUCAGCCGCUCCCUCAGCACCACUCCCAGCAAAGCCUCCAGCACAGACCUUAUAAUCGAAGCGGCUCUCAGCACCACCAUGAAAAACAAAAGGCAAACACACGCAAGGUAUUUGCCAUCUGCGGGUUGAAGAACUUGGGGUCUUCUUGCUACAUCAACCUGACGGUGCAAGUCUUGGCUGGCCUUGAGAAAUUCGAGACACUGCUUCUCCAGCGAAAGAAAAAACCAAACCCACAACCGCUCACAGACGCCACGGCAGGGCUCCUCACGACUUUCAAUGCGAACGGAGGCGCCAAUAUCGCACCCACCAAGUUCUUGCGGGUGCUUUCCUCACUCAAGCCCGAUUUCAACGUGCCUUUCGAGCAGCAGGACGCGCAGGAGUUUCUUCUUUUCCUCCUUGACAAGCUUCACGAGGAGAUGGCAAUAAAGCCGCAAGGAGACCCAGUGGACUAUCUAAGCAAAUGGAAUAUCACCGUCAACCCAAGGGACACUGACGACUACUUGAAGUGGUACAAAGACCUUGUUGACCACGAGGGCGAGUCGCCGAUAAACGACACGUUCCAGGGUCAUGUGCAAAGUAAGUUGGUGUGCAACAAGUGCGGCCAUCGCUCUGUCAGUUACAGCCCUUUCACGAUCCUCUCUCUCCCGAUCCCGGCUGGGAACAACCAGACGGUAGACUUGACAGACUGCUUGCGGUAUUUCACUCAAGAUGAGGUUCUCGCUGGUGAGAAUGCAUGGAACUGUCCUAAAUGCAACAAGUCUAGCGGCAACGACAACCCUAUUGACGUUGUGUUCCAGCCCAAGCGGGGACUCUUCCGCUUGAAGCGAAGCAAGUCCCCGGCCAAAAGAGGCCAGAGUACUCAAGUGUAUGCUAACAAAUCCACGUCGAUCUCAAUAAAGCAGCUCAGCUUCAUCAAGUUGCCCCCCGUGAUGUUCAUCCACCUCUCGCGGUUCUCCAUGGCCAAUGUCACCGAUAAACUCAACACAACCAUCGUGUAUCCAUUGCGUUUGAAGUUCAACCAUCUGGGCCACGAUAUCUACUAUAGCUUAACUGGGCUCAUCAACCACUAUGGGUCUUUGAAGAGUGGGCACUAUACGUCGCUAGUCAACAAGGCCCCCGUUGACGGCGCAUAUAGAGAUCCGCUCCUGGACCCGAUCUGGUGUUAUUUUGACGAUGACCAUGUACGCUUUAAUGUCCAGCAUGGCAACGUUCAUUCCAACGACUACAACAAGUUGCACUCGAGAGACGUAUAUGUGUUGUGCUACGAACGGAAAUAGACACGUUGACUCUGUAUUUGCCUGUUGAACAUGUUCAUUGAACGUCUUAGCUCUAAAUGUCAAUUGCUACAUGUCUUUGAGGCUUUCUAAGCUCAAGUGUUCCCCUGAUCAUUCAAUUUUUUAUUCACAAUCAUUUGUAUUUUCAUUAGGUACCCGAAUUGUGAGUUCAUAGUCUCUACCAAAUAUAAAUCUGGAUUUAUCUAAUCUGCACGUGAGUUGAAGA